UUGUUUUUUUUUGCUUCCGAAGGUUAACCCGUUCCUAGUUUCAUUCAACCCAAUAUAUUUUUGGAUCUAACGAUAAAUAACAAGACUAACCAAUCGGAGGGUUCAUGUGUAAUCACCCCAAGUUUAUGGGGGUUUUUUUUUUAAUUUAUUUAUUAGAUGGAUUAGAGUUGGAUCAGUCUUAAAAGGAAAAGCGGAAAGGGCGAAAAGACGCCUGAAAUAAGCAUCUGGGUUAUUGUUAAAUCAAAGCAAUUUGCUCAUCUCAGCUGUUUCAUUGCACUUAAAACUGAACAAUGCUUAUGAUCUCGUCCUUGAGCUUAUCUUCAAACUGUCUCUCUGAGAAAAUUGCAUUAAAAAAGUAUAGGAGAGGCAUAAAGAGGGGUUGUAUACAAAGGCCUAAGAUAUUGCCUGCUGCAACGAGAGAUGGUUUUGGUCUACGGGUUUUUGUGCUCUCUGACUUGCAUACCGACUAUCCAGAGAAUAUGGCAUGGGUGAGGAGUUUGUCAACUAGGAGACACAAGAAAGAUGUUCUUCUUGUUGCUGGUGAUGUAGCAGAGAUAUAUGAGAACUUUGUUUUGACCAUGUCUCUCUUGAAGGAAAGGUUUGAAUAUGUCUUCUAUAUACCAGGAAACCAUGAUCUAUGGUGUCGUUGGGAGAGAGAAGAUCUUGAUUCUAUUGAGAAGCUGAAUAAGUUGCUUGAUGCAUCUAGACAACUUGGAAUUGAGACCAAUCCAGUGGCUAUAGAUGGCUUGGGAAUUGUUCCUUUAUUUUCUUGGUACCAUGAGAGCUUUGAUAGGGAGGAGAACAUAAGUGGCAUUCGAAUUCCAUCUUUGGAUAUGGCAUGCAAGGACUUUCAUGCAUGCAAGUGGCCUGGCAACCUUUCAAACAGAGAUACGUCUCUUGCUUUAUGCUUUGAUGCGAUGAAUGAAAAAAAUCAGCAUACUGUGAAGCAGAUCCAGAGGACUUGUAGCCAAAUAAUUACAUUUUCUCACUUUGUUCCUAGGCAAGAGCUGUGUCCAGAGAAAAGAAUGUUGUUCUAUCCAAACCUCCCAAAAAUCAUUGGCUCUGAUUGGCUUGAGGAUCGUAUAAGGUCUAUACAUGGGAUUAAAGAUAGUUCCUCUGCAUGUCAUGUAUUUGGCCACACACAUUUUUGCUGGGAUGCCAUAGUGGAUGGUAUCAGAUAUGUGCAGGCACCAUUGGCUUACCCUAGAGAGAGGAGAAGAAGAAUGAAUGGGGGAGAAACUUGGUUGCCAUUUUGUAUUUAUUUGGAGGGGGGUUUUGCUGCCAGAAUUUCGCCUUGUUACUGGUCUGAUUAUUAUGCUGUAAAUCCAAGAACCCCUGGUAACACUCAACUUGCGCCUUGGGUUGCCAGAUUUUAUAACUUGAUUUAACACAAAAUAUAAAAUUCUUACCCAUUUAUUUUAUCUUCCUUUUUUUUUUUUUCUAAGAGAAUUUUUUAUAUUACAUUUUUUAAUAGUUGUAAUAUGAGCAUUCGGUAUAAAAUUACCCUCUCAAUUGGAUCCAGUUGCAGUUGUUAUGAUUGAACGAUUAAUCAAUUGAGUCAACUCCAUUGGUAUUCAAUAAUUGAGUCAAAUUUAAGGAUGGGAGAUUGUGGGAUUGGAGUAAGCAUACCUUGCUCAAAAAAUUUAUUCAGUAAUUUUACUUUUGUAUCUUUGAUACUUAGUUUUAUGUUUAAAAGUUAAUUAAUAUCAAUUAAAAAAAAAGUUAAUAACAUCAAUUGCCAUUCUCACAUUUUGCUAGAUGAUACAUGUAUAUAUGAUAUGUUUAAAAAAUUAAGUUCAAUAAAAUA